UUCACUCCUCUCCGCUUGCCCCUCUCUCUCUCUCUCUCGAUUUAACUCCGUUACAUUUUCUUCGCGCGUUCGUUUUUUUCUACCAACGCCGUAACAGGAGACGACGACAGAAAAAAGAAAGAGUCAUAAUGUCAGGUUUUGACGGCGUGGAAAAUCAAACGGUGGAUCGAAUGGACGGUCCAGAUACGUCCGUUCAUCCUCCUCAAGAUCCUCGUGACCCUCGCUCUUUAUUAUCAUCUGCUUGUUUCCCCAUCACCCUCAAGUUCAUCGACGUCUGCUACAAGGUGAAGAUCCAUGACAGGAGCGGCGACUCCGGCCGAAUCAAGCGACUGCUGGCGAUGGGACGCCAACCGUCCGAUCAGACGAGAUCGACGGCGCAGUUUGAAGAACGCACCAUCCUCAGCGGCAUCACCGGCAUGGUCUCUCCCGGCGAGAUCCUCGCCGUUCUUGGACCCUCCGGCAGCGGCAAAUCGACGUUCCUAAACGCGGUCGCAGGGAGACUCCGUGGAUCAGGCCUCACCGGAAAAAUCCUCGCCAACGAAAGAAAACCCACGAGACAGAUACUGAAACGGACCGGAUUCGUCGCGCAGGAUGAUCUUCUCUACCCCCACCUCACGGUCCGUGAAACCCUAGUGUUCUGCGCCUUGCUUCGCCUGCCGAGAACUCUAACCAGAGACGAGAAGAUCAGGACGGCGGAAUCGGUGAUGUCAGAACUCGGUCUGACGAAAUGUGAGAACACCGUCGUCGGAAACAGCUUCAUAAGGGGAAUCUCCGGCGGGGAGAGGAAGCGCGUGAGCAUCGCGCACGAGCUGCUUGUGAACCCGAGCCUGUUGGUGCUGGACGAACCCACGUCGGGGCUGGACGCCACGGCGGCGCACAGGUUGGUGCAGACGCUGGUGACGGUGGCUCACGGGAAGGGGAAGACGGUGGUGACGUCGGUGCACCAGCCAUCGAGCCGAGUCUUUAAGAUGUUCGACUCGGUGAUUCUUCUCAGCGAGGGACGGUGUAUGUACUUCGGUAAGGGAAGAGACGCCGUCGGAUACUUUGAGUCCGUCGGAUUCUCGCCGGCGUUUCCCAUGAACCCAGCGGACUUCCUCCUCGAUCUCGCCAACGGAGUUUGUCACAUUGAUGGAGCAACGGAACGGGACAGGCCAAACGUGAGGCAAACCCUAAUCGCCGCAUACGAUACACUGCUGGCAACUAAGGUUAAAACGAGCAUCGACGCCUUCACUCUUUCUCACGAAUACCCGGGUUCGAUGAUCCAAAGGAGAGAGCGUGUAACGUUUGGAAGCGGACUCGCCAUUUGGUUCGGCCAACUCUCCAUUCUCCUCCAUAGACUUCUCAAAGAACGUCGGUACGAAUCCUUCGACGGCCUUCGUGUCUUCCAAGUCGUUGCUGCUUCCCUUCUCGCCGGCCUCAUGUGGUGGCAUUCCGACUAUCGUGAUUUACACGACCGCCUCGGCCUUCUCUUCUUCGUCACCGUCUUCUGGGGGGUACUUCCGUCAUUCAACGCUGUCUUCACGUUCCCUCAAGAGCGGGCGAUUUUCUCGAGAGAACGAGCUUCCGGGAUGUACACUCUCUCCUCCUACUUCAUGGCUCAUGUCCUCGGAUCGCUAUCCAUGGAACUGGUCCUGCCCACAGCGUUCCUAACCCUAACUUACUGGAUGGUCGGCCUUCGACCCGGUCUUCCUGCCUUUCUCCUAACCCUCACGGUUCUCUUGUUAUAUGUCCUGGUCUCUCAAGGCCUCGGCCUCGCUUUGGGUGCUGCCAUCAUGGACGCGAAAAAGGCGUCCACCGUCGUGACCGUGACGAUGUUAGGGUUCGUCCUGACUGGUGGUUACUACGUGCACAAAGUGCCUACGUGCAUGAUGUGGAUGAAAUACGUGUCCACUACGUUCUACAGCUACCGCCUUCUCAUCGACGUUCAGUACGGACGAGGCGAGGAGGUAUUUCGGGUAAUAGGGUGCGGGUCGGAGAGCGGCCAGAGGCCAUCCGACGGCGGCUGUCGGUUCGUGGAGGAGGAGGUGGUCGGAGAUGUCGGGACGUGGACGAGCGUUGGGGUUUUGAUAUUGAUGUUUGUCGGGUACAGAGUAUUGGCCUACUUGGCGUUGAGGCGCAUUAAACAUUAAUCGGAGGUUAUUAUUAUUAUUAUUAUUAUAAUCUUUGAGGUAUUUAUAGGAUAAAAUGGACCUGUUAAUUUAUCGCUAAUUGUAAUUGUUCUAUUUUGCGAUGGAAUCAGUUUAAUAAAGAUGAAAAAUUUGAUUUGCUCCAUCGUUA